GGAAGGUGAGAAAAGUGGGGAAAAGGAAAACAGCAUAGAGAAGAAAACAAAAACGUAUUGACGACAAAAACAAAUGGUGUUGAACAGCUCCGCGGUGGUGGCGACGGCCAACUUAUCGGCGAACUUCUGCCAAUACAUAGCGUGCAAUCCGGAGCGCCUAGACAGCGAUCAAGUCCUCCACCUCCUCUGCUGCUUUCCCCUCGACCAACUCCGCCGCCUCGUCCGCUCCUUAUGGCUGUAUCUGUGCUUUGAUCCCCAAAAUCGCAGUCCCCCAGAUUCCAGCGAUGACGACGGCUCUCACUCUGAUUGAAAUUCUAGGUGUUUUCUGGAGAUACCCAGAUAUUCGAUUCUGUUGAAUUUAACGUUUCUGGUGUUGGGCAUUCCCCAUUUCUUGUAAUAUUUUAUCUGAUUGAGGGUUACAUAAAGUUCUUCAACCAGUUUGUUCUCCCUAUUGUUUUUGGUGUUUUGUGUCGCUGGGUGUCGCAUUUCUAUAAAACUAACAAAAGUUU